AUGUACGCGAGGUGUGGGAGCACGGCCGACGCUCGAUCCGUCUUCGACAGGCUGCCCUGCCACGACACCGCGUCCUGGAAUUCCUUGAUGCUCGGCUAUGCCGAGAAUGGGCAAGGUGAGCUGGUUCUCGACGAUUUCUUCUCGCGGCUCCAUGGCCAGGGCCGCGCUUUCGAUGGCCGGUCCUUUGUAGCUGCGCUCAAGGCAUGCUCCAGCAUCGCCGCCAGGGAAGAGUCCACUCCAAGCAUCCAUGGAAAUGGCAAGUUCGUCAAGGCGAGAGCUCUAGAAAAUGUGAAGAGCGUCCACUCCAAGGCUCUUCUAGGUGCCUACUGCUCUCUCAACGUCAUCGUCUUCAACACUCUGGUGGAUUCCUAUGCGAGGUGUGGGAGCAUGCCCGAUGCACGACGGGUUUUCGAGAGGAUGCCUUGCCACAGCAUCGUGUCCUGGAACUCACUGCUGCUGGGAUACGUGGAAGUUGGCGACCAAGAUCAAGCUCUAGACUUGUUCCAGUGGAUGAUCGAGACUGGAAGUUGCAAGCCAGAGGCACGGACUUUCGGAGCAGUGUUCAAGGCUUGCGGUAGUCUGGCAGUGAAGAAUGGAGACUCUCUUAGUGGAAGGUGGUUGACUCUGGAGAAAGGCAGGGCUCUUCACUUGGAAGCGGUAACACGGGCUUGCGAGCUUGACGACUUCGCCUUGAACGCUCUGGUUGAUAUGUACGCGAAGUGUGGGAGUGUGGAAGACGCCCAGGGGGUCUUCGACAGCAUGCCAGCCCGUGAUAUCGUGUCUUGGACAGCGUUGCUGAUGGCCUAUACCGAAAGUGGACAGGAAGGACGAGCGCUGGAGCUUCUCUCUCGCAUGGAAAUCGAGCCGGACGCACAGACUUAUGCUGCGGCAGCAAAGGCUUGCACAGGCUUGGCAGUGAAGGAGCAAGGCGUGGACGUCUCUGGGAAGCUUGUCAAGCUACGUGCACUCGACAAGGGAAUGGCUGUUCACUCCAGGGCCGCGAGAAGUGGAUGUGACACCGAUGUUUUCGUGGCCAGCGUCCUCAUUACCAUGUAUGGCAAGUGUGGGAGCCCGGUGGAUUCUCGCAAGGUUUUUGAGAGGAUGCAGUCCCCGGAUAUCGUCUCGUGGACUGGACUGUUAUCUGCUCACGUUGAAAACGGGGAGGCAGAAGCGGCGCUGGCAAUGUUUUUCCGGAUGCAGCAAGGAGGAGAAGAACGAGGCAGGAGAAACUCUCCAGCUUUUAUACAGGCGCUCAACGCAUGCUGUGCUCUAGCAGCAAAGGAGGAGGCAGUUGAAUCAGAUGGAGCGGUCGUGAAAGUCGGGGCUUUGGAUAUGGGAGUUGCCAUCCAUUCCCUGGCGAAAGCCAGUGGAUGCGACCAGGAUACUUUGGUGGCAAACGGCCUGAUCGAUAUGUACUCGAAGUGCGGGAGCUUGGCCAGCGCACACAGGGUGUUUGAAGUGAUUCCUGCUCGCAAUCUACAGUCCUGGAACAAGCUCAUGCUCGGGUGUGUCGCCAACCGAGAGGCGGACCUGACUCUGGACGUGUUUGCUCGCAUGCAAACGCAAGGUGGCUUCACACCCGAUGCUCAGAGCUACGUUGCUGCGCUCAAGGCCUGGUCUCGCCUUGCUGCGAACGAAGAGAAGAAUCCAGAGGGGUUGAAGACGAGCUCGCUAGAAAAAGGCAGAGCCUUACACCGGCAGACAGGGAAGAAGCUCGGUGAUAUCUACUUGGCGGGCACGCUGGUGGAGUUUUACUCCAAGUGUGGCAGCACGGAGGACGCUCAGCAGAUCUUUGACAGGGUGCCUUGCUUCGACGCUGGACUUUGCAACGCGCUGAUGCUCGGCUACACGGAAAACGACAAGCCAGACUCGGCCUUGGAGCUGUUCAAGCAACUCCCAGCGCAAGCCAGCCUCGACUGUCUCACGUAUCUAGCGGCUUUGAAGGCUUCCACGAGGCUAGCGAUCAAGGGAGAGCCGAGAGUGGUGAAUGGAAGGAGAGUGAUCAAGGCCGAGGCUCUGGAAGGUGGCAUGGCGGUUCACGCUCGUAUGAUCGCCGACGGGGUUUCGUGGGACCGGGAGCUUUCACUCGGCAACAGUCUGGUGGACAUGUACGCAAAGUGUGGAAGCCUGGUGGAUUCUCGGCAAGCUUUCGACAGGAUGGCUCGCCACAGCGUCGUGUCGUGGACGUCGCUGAUACUGGGGUGCUCCGAGAAUGGCGACGAGGCGCUGGCUCUGGAGCUGUUUGCUCGCGGUGGAUUCGCAGUGGACGCCGCAAGCCUCACAGCAGCGCUCAAGUCGUGUGGGAGCCUGGUGGACGUGGAGCUUGGAAGGAGAGCUCACUCCCAGGCGUGUAGAGCCGGGCUGGAGAGCGAUGGUGCCGUGACGAGCUCGCUGGUGGACAUGUAUGGUAAAUGCGGGAGCUCCUCCAGCAGCCAGCACGUCUUUGAUUCCAUGGCGGCCAGGAGCACUGCGGCUUGGAACUCGCUGCUGGGAGCUUACAGCCGGGUGGGAGAGAUCGGACAGGUGCUUGAAAGCUUUGGAAAGAUGCGGGAGGAGGGAUUCCCAGCCGAUGGAAUCACUUGCCUGUGCCUCUUGACGGCCUACAAUCACUGUGGCCGUGUGGAGCAAGGCAAGAGGUUCUUCGAUUCCAUGAGCUGCUGGGGCGUGGAGCACGUCCACUGCGUGAUUGAUAUGUUGGCGAGGGCCGACUCCGAGGCGAUGGAGGCUGCUGUGGAGCUUGCGAGCUCGUUGGCUUUGAGUGAGGAUGGCGAUGCAAUCACUUGGAGGAUCCUUCUUGCUGGUUGUGAGAGAUGGAAGAAUGUGGAAGUGGGAGAUGUGGUGUUUGAGAGGCUCGUGGCUAAAGGCCAGGACGAUGCUUUUGCUUAUGCUUUGAUCGCCAAGCUCCACAGGAGCUAA